UUGGCUUGUCCUCGUGGUUCUCUUGUAUUAGCAACGUACACAGUGGAAAUAUGAAGCUGUUCCGUAUGCGGAAUAUAUACAGCUGCUUAUCGUAAUUGUGGACUGUGCUACUGCUGGAGUCCUGGUCUGUGGACACGCGGCCAAUGGCAUUGAAGGACAUUUAUACUGAUCUUCCAGAGGCUCCGAGGCAGCUCUGAUACUUUCUCAAUCAUCCCAUCAUCCUCUGAGCACUCCAGAUCUGAACCCAUGGCACCCCGUUUUUCCAAAAAGUUAAAAUUUAACAAGAUACAACGCUCACGCGCCCGCCGCGGAUGGAGGCGUAAAGAUGAUGUGUCUGUUCCCAAGGCUCCCACUGGUACGGACUUGACAUCGGGCGACCAGGAUGAAGGCUGGGGCGUUACGGAGGAAUGGGCGGCCCCGCCUACCAAUACUAGUAGCUCUUCUUCCCAUGAAGGCUGGGGCAUUAUAGAGGAAUGGGCGGCCCCCUCUACCAAUACUAGUAGCUCUUCUUCCCACCAGAGACAGGAUCUCGGCGGUACGCAUCCUUUUGUAGAUGACAUCGCACGUCGGGAAGCGGUAGAUGAAGAUAGGCACCGAAGGAUGAACCACUUUUUUGAAAUGCCGACGGAACAGAAGGUGCUGAUGAUUCAGGAGAUGGUCUGUUACCUUCGCGCCCAUCCUGCCUAGCAGUCACUGGCUUAAUGCGCCGCUUCUCGUU